AGCAUUUCUGAGGUCACAGUUUAACUUCCGUGUCACACAGCAAACAUGGCGGAUAAAGAAAAGAAGAAGAAGGAGAGCAUCUUCGACUUGUCCAAAUACAUCGACAAGCCGAUUCGUGUGAAGUUUCAAGGUGGACGAGAAGCCAGCGGAGUCCUGAAAGGCUUUGAUCCUCUACUGAACCUGGUGCUGGACGGCACCAUCGAGUACAUGCGUGAUCCAGACGACCAGCUGAAGCUGACAGAAGACACCCGGCAGCUGGGGCUGGUGGUCUGCAGAGGAACCUCCGUGGUGCUGAUCUGCCCUCAGGACGGCAUGGAGGCCAUCCCCAACCCCUUCAUCCAGCAGCAGGACGGCUGACGUCACACACAACCAUUCACACACUUGAAUAUUGUAUUUUUUGUCCUUUUUUUGUUUCAUCCAUACCAUAAAUAAUUCAGCAACGGAGCAGUUUUCUUGCGUUAAGUUAAUCAUCAAAAAAGACAUUCGAAUGCACUUCACUUUUAUUUCUGUCUGUGCAAAUUUGCAAAGAUUUGUGUUUGUAAAGAGCCCACAAGCUGGGGAAGUGUUGACAGUACAAUUUUCUUUUUAUCUAGAAUGAGUAAACUUUUUACUAUUCUUUGUUGUUUUGAUAAGAAAAUAAAAUGAAAAUGUAGCGUA